AUGGCUGAAUCUCUUACAGCCCUUGGCGUCGCUUCUAAAAUCGUCCAAUUCGUCGAGAUAGGCCUCAAGGUAUCCAAAGCCGUCAUUGAGACGCAUCAAAGCGUUGAUCCUGACGACUUGGCUGACCGCAACGCUGACUUGUGCUUGAUGACAACCAGCCUCGAGAACAAAUGUACUGUGCUUCAAAAUGACACUGGCUCGAAGGCCGACGCUAUCACAAUGCGCCUCUUGAGUCGUUGCAUAGAUGUAGCUAAAGAGCUGCUUUCGGAACUCGACCAUAUCAAACUGAACAACGAAAAGCGCCAAAGCAGACAAGUGAUAUUUCCCGCGUUCUUAAAAGCGUACUGGGAAAAGAGCAACAUCCAUGGUAUUCAAGAGAAACUGGUCCAAAUCAAAAAUGAAACCUUUGAGCGACUUGAAACACUUCUCCACGAAUACCACCUGUCGCUGUCAGAGGCCAUUCGUUCGUUAAAAGACGAAUCCUCAAACUGGAACAGCGCCACUGAAGAGAGGUUGAACGUCAUGGCACGAGAAUUGGCAAACCUGCUUCGUUCUGAGAACGAUGAGAAAUUAAACGAGUUUUCUGAUGACCUCGCAUCCUUUGCCAAAAGAUUGUCAGAAUUUGUAGAUGAAGCCGGAAAAAAACAAACGACAUGGACCAUCCUUAAAAGUCUUCUUUUCAUUCAGACUAAGGAGAGGCAAAGCGGAAUUGCCAAAGCACAUAAAGGCACUUUUGAGUGGAUAUUUGGCGAAUCCUCAGCCGUCAGCUUUCCAUCUUGGCUACGAGAACCAAGCAAUAGUGUUUUUUGGGUGACGGGAAAGCCUGGGUCCGGCAAGUCUACACUUAUGAAGCUCAUUUCAGACCAUGAGAAGACACGAUCACUGGCUGAGGCAUGGGCUGGGUCGAAGCCGCUCAUUAUCGCGAGUCACUUCUUCUGGAGUGCAGGAACACGAUUGCAAAAGUCUCAAGAGGGCUUGCUCAGGACACUACUUUUCCAGAUUCUUGUCCACUGCCCGGAAUUGGUUCCAGAAAUCUGUGCAAAGAGAUACACGAACCCAUCUAAGCUACUUGAACCUUGGAGUGUUGAAGAACUUUUGCAAGCUUUUGUCAAACUUCAAAGCUUAAGUGAACUCCCUAGUCGAGUGUUGCUUCUUAUUGAUGGACUCGAUGAGUACAGCGGAGGGGCGAAAGAUGUAACAAAGUUCCUCCAUUCCGUUGGAAACUCAUCAGAUAUCAAAGUCUGCUGUGCCAGCAGACCAUGGCCUCAUUUCCUCAAAGCAUUCAAAAAUACUCCCUGGCAAGUUGAGAUGCACAAAAUGACGAAAGCCGACAUGCAAUCCUACAUUGAAGAUUGCUUUAGCAAGAAUGAGAGGUUCCAACAGUUAAGGACUCAAGAACAGAUUCUAUCGGAUGAGAUCAUCCAAGAGAUUUCAGAAAAAGCAGAUGGAGUAUUUUUCUGGGUUUCCCUGGUGGUGAAGGGUCUUGUCCGUGGUAUAGACAGUGGCGACGACCUCAAGAUUCUUCAAAAACGACUACUUGAGCUCCCUUCAGAUCUUGAUCAGCUUUUCCAGAGAAUGCUUGACUCAAUUGAAGAAAUUCACAGAGAAGAAGCCAGCUUUGUAUUUACAUUGUUGCUCACUGCGAAGUCCUCGCUGCCAGUCCAAUUCUUCCGAAGCUUGACAGAGCUUCAAAUUCUAGCUUCUAACAUGAAGUGGGGCACCCCUUACUAUGGAGGUACUUGCAUACCCGAGAAUUCGUUGGAUAAAGAGAACCGGAUUCUGGCUCGAUGCCGUGAUCUCGUCCAAUCUUGGGAGGGCGCCCUGGAUUUACCACGCCACAAUGACAUAAGACUCGGAUUCCUUCAUCGAACUGUGGUCGAAUUUCUUCAAGAAACGCCCAUGUUGCAGCGCUUCGUUGACCAGCUCCCCGUGAGUCCGUGUCUUCUGCUUGCAGCAGCCUAUUAUCUUGAAGCCCAGCCUUGCGGCAAUGCUUCCCGUACAAUCGACGAGGAUUACAUUUUCAGAAUGUGCUACUUGGUGCAAGAAAUAGAAAGCGACGCCGAAGAGAAAUAUGAUGAGCUUUUGUGGAGACUACUAUUGGUGUUGCGUUUUAUCUUGGAAGCUAAGGCCACGAUAGUGACGGCGCGUGGUUUUACGAGUAUCUUCCAGGGGCCGCAUCCCAAUGCCUUGCGGGUUGUAGCAUAUGCUCAAGCCCGUGUGUUGCUGAGGCUUAAUCAAAUCCCCCCCGACAGCCAACUGACUGCCUCACAUCUGAUAAUCACGCCGGGACUCUUAUACGGGACCCCGUUCAUCGAAGCGGGUGAUCGUUUUAUAGUGCACUGGUCAGACUCAAUCGACCUGGGGCUUCUUAACUCACUACUCGACUUUUACAAUGCGAACCUCACCACCUCUAGGAAGCACAUGAAUAUUGUUUGGAGGGUUCUCAUGCAGCUAAUAGCUGAUACUCGGUCGCAUACUGCAUUCACUAGACAGUUAUUGCAAGCCUGUAAGGUGUUUGUCGAACGUGGGGCCCCUAGAUUCAUCUCGCCGCCACCUCACGGUUCGCCAGUGGAUCUUCCGGAAUCCCUUUUGAGCAAGGUAGAUCAGUAUGGAAGGUUGGACGUGAUAGACAUGCUGCAGUCUAGUAAUAUCUUCAGGGCAACUGAUCUGGAGGAUCUGGAGGCGCUUUUCCCCUCACAAACAGCGCUUCAGAACAUGCUAUCAAUGUUUGAUCCAGUUUGGAGAAUAUUCCCAAACCUGGGCGGAGAGUCUAUUGCUCGAUAG